AUGAAGCGGCGUCUUUCCGACAACCACGACUCGCAAGACCCCCUCAACAGCACCGUCGUCGCCAAGUGUCGUCGCAUCCAGCGCGCUGACGGCACGGGCGCAUCACCACCGCCCUCGAAUCCAUCAUCGCAGACGCUCGACCCUGCCGAAGCUCCGCCCUCGACCGCUGCCGCACAAGACAAGAGGAUUCUGCAGUGGCUGGACAGCUGCGACGCGAGCCCUGAGCCGUCGCCAGCAAUAGAGACAAUGGCAGCACCGCCCACCCCGCGCAGCGCAGCAACGCAAAACCCCAGUGACGGCCAACGCCGCGCCGCCAGACGCUCUGUACGUGCGCGCACGCACACUUUGCGCACGCCCAGCCCCAGCAAGAAGCCCACACCGCAGUCGUACCGGCGUGGCAACAUGCGCUACGCCAGCGUUUAUGUCGACCACCUCGACCAUCUUCCGCCUGCAGUCGACGUCGAGGUGCGCCGCAUUUUCGGGCUGCAGUCGUUGGCUGAGCUAGCACAGCCACACACACAAGCCAACACACAACCGGAGACACAAGCACGCCUCGCAGCGCUGGCGGCCACAUACAAGGCCGAGUCGCGACUCAAUGCGCGUGAGUGUUCGCUCGAGGGCAAUUGGAAGGGCAGCAUUUUCUCCCUCAUGCGCAAUCUCGCCCUGCUCGCUCCGGGCACCUUGUGCUUGAAUAUGUCGGAGAAGGCUUGGAUCCCGGACCUGAAGCCUGCGGCCCCUUCCCUCGACGGUCUGCAGGAAGCUGGUGAGGAGGGCAAUAGCGGCUUACGCGACCCCUCAGCCGCUCCGACACCGAUUGUCUCCGGCCUGGUUGACUUCAAUUCCCCGGCCGCAGCUGCCGUCACCGCCGUGGGACCCAACACAUCCUUUCCCGGUGACAUUCCUUCCUUGGCCCCCUCGAUCUACUCUUCCACCUAUUCACAAUCCAUCACCACAACCACCAGUCUCAACGCCUCCGACCCCUUCCACAUAUCCACUCCUAAACCUGACAUCACUGUCGGCCUCGAAGAGACCAAUUUCAGCCUACUCCAUCAGCGCCGCCUUGUCCAUCACCAACAGAGCGGCACCGUCCUAAGCGACCCGCACGCCGCCUUCAUGGGCAUGCGAUUCCCCUUCCUGAUUGUGGAAACAAAGGGUCUAAGCGUCAAUGGCAACCUCGUCAGUGCGCAAAAUCAGGCCGCCAUCGGUGGAGCUUGCAUGCUACGUAUCUUGAAAGACCUCGACGAGACUACCGAUUCGCACCCCACUUCCCCGCCGCUGUGCUUCUCCAUUGUUACCGAGGGCCCUGCGCACGAGUUGUGGAUCCACUUCGAACAUGAAGGGGCAUUCCAUAUGGAGGCGCUGAAGUCAUGGCGAAUGACUCGCGCAAACGAUGUGGACGAGUUGGUGCGAGCCCUGGCUGGAAUCAUGGAGUGGGGAAGGGGGACGUUUCGGGCCGGCGUUGUGGCGAGGCUGGACAGCCAGCCUGGUACAAUGAGUGAUGAACACACUGGGAGGUGA